AUGAACUUGAACUGGCGCUUCCUGUACAGCGUGAUGGGCAUGCUGCAGAUGCUGCAACUGCUGGUUGGGGCCGCCUUCAUCAUCCUCACAGCCAAGAGCGGGUUCCGUGGCCCUGUGUACUUUGCACUCUUCACGUCUGCAUUCUUCUGCCUGACGACCCUGAUCCUCUUAUUCAUUAGGCUGUUUGACAAAUACUGGUGGCGGGUCAACUUUCUUCACGACUUGCUGGCGGCUGCGCUGUACAUCGCCUUGAUGGUCAUCAUGAUCGACCAGACGCUGGGCCAAAGUUACUGCAACUUCGAGGGUAACCCGCAGCCCUGCGCCUACAAUGUCUUUCUUGGGGCCGCUGUCUGCAGUGGACUUUGCAUUGGCCUCUACUUGCUCUCAGCAAGGUUUUGA